UAUAUGUUAAUAUAAUGACAGAUACUGCAUAAGUUGGUGACAACUAUACUGCCUGAGAGCUAAAGAGGGUUGCUUUUUUCCAGUGCAGUGUAACAAAGAAUAAUGCUUGCAACUUUUGCUUUUUCUUUAUGAAUUUGCUUUAUCUUUCUCCCCCCCCCCCUUGGAUGCUUUGCUUUACCAGUUUGCUUUUGAAAAUUUGAAACACCCCUUUGUUUUACAUCUUUUAAACCUGUAAAUGCUUUAAAUUUGGGGCCAGUUUACUUUGUUUCUUGUUAGAGCUUUGCUGUACUAAUGCAAUAGAAACUCCAUUCUUUUAUGUCAAUGAUCUUAUUAUAUUUGCAUUAGUGUAUGAGCCUGCUCUGAAUUCUGAUUCAUACUAUGUUGCAUUGUGUUCUAUAGCCGAAUCCAGGAGGAAAAGCAGCAGAGAGACGAUACUCGAAAGUUCGAUGAAGUUCCAUCCCUUGAUUGCCUUCCUUUUGCUUGUGUUAUUGCCCCUGUAUGUGUUUGUUCAUGUUGUGGCAGAUCUGAAUUCCGAUAAGCAAGCUCUCCUUCGAUUUGCAGCUGCAGUUCCACAUGUUCGAAAACUGAACUGGAAUGCGGAGACACCGGUUUGCACAUCUUGGGUUGGCAUAACUUGCAAUACAAAUGGUACUGGUGUGAUUGCCAUACGGCUUCCAGGUAUUGGACUUUAUGGCACCAUACCAGCCAAGACCAUAGGCAAGCUUAAUGAUCUGAGGGUCCUUAGCCUUCGGUCCAACGACAUCAAUGGAAGCUUGCCUUCUGAUAUCCCCUCCAUUCCUUCACUUCAGUUCCUGUUUCUCCAACACAACAACUUGUCUAGUAUCUUGUUCCCCACGUCUCUUUCUCCGAGUUUGAAAGUUAUGGAUUUUUCCUACAACUCUAUAUCCGGGACCAUCCCGAGUCUCAAUCUCCCGAGGCUCAAAGUUUUGAACUUCAGCUAUAAUAACUUGAGUGGCUCCAUUCCAAGUUCACUCAACAGAUUCCCUUCUGCAUUCAUCGGGAAUCCGUUGUUAUGCGGUUCGCCUCUAAGGCCUUGCUCCACAGUCUCCUCUCCACCUUCCGCUUCUCCAUCAAUCCCGCAAAUAGUUUCUCAAAGCCGACAUACUAAAUCGAAAAACAAACUAGGCACUGGCUCUAUCGUUGCAAUUGUCGUUGGGAGCUUAGCAUUUGUGUUUCUAGUGCUUGUCGUAAUCUUUAUAUGCUGUUUGAAGAUGAAAAAUAGUGGCAGCAGAGGGAUGUUGAAGAGCAAAAUCUCUGGAGUUGGAAAGAAUGAGAAGCCUAAUGACUUCGGAAGUGGGGUACAAGAAGCUGAAAAGAACAAAUUAUUUUUCUUCGAAGGAUGCUCUUACAACUUCGAUCUCGAGGAUUUGUUGAAGGCUUCAGCCGAAGUUCUCGGUAAGGGGAGUAACGGAACAACAUAUAAAGCUGCUUUGGAGGAAGGGACACAGGUGGUGGUGAAAAGAUUGAAGGAAGUUGCAGUUGGUAAAAAGGAGUUUGAGCAGCAAAUGGAACUUGUUGAGAGGGUCGGACGACACCCAAACGUCAUACCGCUUCGUGCUUAUUACUAUUCGAAGGACGAGAAGCUGUUGGUUUACAACUACAUGCCCGCCGGUAGCUUGUUUGCACUUUUGCACGGAAAUAGGAAUUCAGGGAGAACACCAUUAGACUGGGAAUUGCGAAUGAAGAUCGCCCUCGGAACUGCUCGAGGGAUUGCAAACAUUCAUACAGAGGGUGGUGGUAAAUGCACCCAUGGCAACAUCAAGUCCUCGAAUGUCCUCCUCACUGAUGAACUCGAGGCUUGUGUUUCCGAUGUUGGCUUGGCUCCUCUAUUGAAUGCUCCUGGAACCAUGUCUCGCACCAUUGGGUACCGUGCUCCAGAGGUGAUUGAAACACGCAAGAUAACUCAAAAGUCCGAUGUUUACAGCUUCGGUGUGCUCCUCUUGGAAAUGUUGACUGCAAAAGCUCCUCUCCAGCAAUCAGGGCAUGAUGAUGUGGUCGAUCUUCCGAGAUGGGUCCGUUCCGUCGUACGGGAGGAAUGGACCGCUGAAGUCUUCGAUGUAGAGCUGUUGAGAUACCAAACUUUCCAAGAAGAGAUGGUGCAGAUGCUUCAGAUUGGACUAGCAUGUGUGGCGAAAACACCUGAUAUGCGUCCAACAAUGGAUGAAACCGUUAGAAUGAUAGAAGACAUUCGGCAGUCCGAAUCCAAGAACCGGACAUCAUCGGAGGCCGAAUCAAACAUCCAAACACCAUGAUUUGCUUCAAAGCAAAAACUUGUUUCUCUUUGGAUUUCAAAUGUUCAAUUCUCUAGUCCUUCUUAAGGUUGCUUGUCUAGAAAACCUUUGGGACAAUAAGCUUUUGUUUCUUCGAUUAGCUCGGAAAUUACUUUUCCGAUAUCUCCAUAUGUUCCUUGACUUGCAUUCAUCAAUGUCCUCAAAAGUUUAUUAAAUCAUGCAAAACAUAAUAACAUGUCCAAAAAGCUUGAUUUCAAUGGAAAAACUUAUGUCCCAUAGA